CCUUCCUAUCCUAUGCUUUUUGGCUGCCAUGGGACAAAGCCGCUUGUUUCUGCUGCGCCCACUAUGUUUUCUCUUGCCGCAAGCCCGGGCUGUGGGCUAGUACAAACUUGGGAUACUUUGAUAGUGGGUGGAAAGUCAACACACCGGCCAUCGUAGCUGUGCUAUCACAACUAUUCUUCCUGUUUUCUGCAGCUCUCCGGUCGGUCUGGAGUCCCUGCACGCCAGCUGUCACCGGUAGCGCCAGCCCGUGGCAGGGUCCUAAUACACAGGAGCCACCAUAGCACAAGUGUUGGUAGUGUUCCGACAGCUGCCUCAGCCCAGCCACGACCACCGAAGACUAUUUUUAUUUGCCAAAAUAUCUAUGGGUCGAAAAUCAAGCAACUAUUAAAUGGCAAAAGGCUCAGCUGUUAGCCGUGACCAAGAGCACAGGAAAACGAGAUUACUUACGCGUCUCAGCUCCAGGAUUAGAAAGGCUUCCAUGAAAGGCUGCUGCUUUGGCCAUCGGGACAAUGACUCACUCCUCCCGGGAUGUUGGACCCCACGGCAUCCAUGAAGAAGGAAAACUCUAUGUUGUGGAUUCCAUAAAUGACUUGAACAAACUCAAUCUCUGUCCGACAGAAUCACAACAUCUAUUCCCGUUAGAGGAGAAAAUCUCAAACACUGCUACACACCCAGGAAAUGGAAGACGCGGUCUGUUCUUUGUGGGACUGCUCCUGAUGUUGACGGUCAGCCUAGCUCUGGUGUUCUUUGCCAUCUUCCUAAUAAUUCAGACAGGAAACCAGAUGGACGACGUGUCAAGAAGACUGAAGGCUGAGGGAAGGGACAUAGACGACCUUAAGAAAAUCAACAGCAUGAUCGUAAAGCGGCUCAACCAACUGGACUCGGAACGGAAUUGAAAUGAUUUCCCCUUGAGUGGCCACGGAUAGCAGGAGCUUCUUAGCUUGCUAGGAAGUACAUAGGACUGAGAAAGUGCGCUGCGUCAGGCGGCAGAUCCGCUCUGACACUGGCUAGUUCAAGGAUGGGGAUCGCUCCGAGUUUAGAGGCGGCAGCCGGAAAGAGGUGAACUGGAUUCAGGCCGAUAUCCUGCUAACCGGUUGCUUCAGCUUUGGUGGGGUUAGGGUGGUGGGUGGGUAGCGUGGAGAGGAAUCAAGAGCGAGAGAACUCAGCCCUUUACGUGCAACUGCCUAAAGUGAGCGUGUUUGAGAAGACUUCCAGCGUCCUAGUGAGGUCUAUGACGCCUCAGGCCCAUGUAUAGAUUCCUGCUCACGCCUAAGGCCUCAGCAGAACUGCCCGUGCUGCGGUGAACCAGGCGGUCACUCUUCAGCACACAGUCUUCUAUCGCGGUGACACCCUUCCACUACAGCUUUUGAGUGCCGUUGUCUGCUGCCUGGGGAGAACAUGGGUAGCAGUGGUGUGUGUGCUGAAGUCGAGGGACAAAAGAGAAAGCCUACUACGGUCACAACUGUCUCCUGAGCUCUCUUUGUGAUAACCAUCUGGUUCUAGAGAGUCUCCCAGGCAUCCGUGGGAAAAGACAAUACUGUCUAUUUAUACAUAAUUUAUAAAUCCUAUUAAGCUUUGUCAUGAA